AUGCCAGAGCGCAACCCCUAUAUGCCCACAUUUACCCAGGGCAGCAUCAAGGCAAGCAUGAUCCAGCAUUCCAACGUGGAGACCAGCGACGUACCCCGCAGCCAGCAGUGGUAUUCCCGUGUCUUUGGCGCGGAAUGGACUGAAGAUGGACCCCGCUACUUGAAGCUGGGCAACACGGAAUUGCACCUGCACGUUGAGGCCAACCCGCAGCCCCAUCCAACCAACCACUUCGCCAUCGAGGUCGAGGACUGGGACGCCUGGCUGGCCAACCUGCGGAACGAAGGAAUCGACUUUGCCCCCGGCCGGGAGCCCAAGCUGAAUGACGGCGGCAAGCUGGCCGGUUUCCUGCACGACCCGGACGGCAACAUAAUUGAAGUCAUGUACCACGCCGAGUGGCACUAG